AUGUUCAAGAGCGGCAUUUCCUCCUUCGCCCGGGCGGCUCGCCCUUCCUUUGCGGCGACCGCUCCUCGCGCCAUCAGACCUUCCACCUUCAGAUUCCCUGCCUCCAGCAGAUUCGCCAGCACUGCCGGUGUCGGUGAUGGAAAGAUCUACCAGGUCAUUGGUGCCGUCGUCGACGUCAAGUUCGACACCGCCAAGCUCCCUCCCAUUCUGAACGCCCUCGAGACGACAAACAACGACCAGAAGCUGGUUCUUGAGGUCGCGCAACACUUGGGUGAGAAUGUUGUCCGCUGCAUUGCCAUGGACGGUACCGAAGGUCUCGUCCGUGGCCGCCCUGCCACCGACACUGGUGCCCCCAUCACCAUUCCCGUCGGUCCGGCGACCUUGGGCCGUAUCAUUAAUGUCACUGGUGACCCCAUUGACGAGCGUGGCCCCAUCAAGACCGAGAAGCGCCUUCCCAUUCACACCGAGCCCCCUGCGUUCAUCGACCAGUCUACCACCGCCGAGGUUCUCGUCACUGGUAUCAAGGUCGUCGAUCUUCUCGCUCCCUACGCUCGUGGUGGAAAGAUUGGUCUCUUCGGUGGUGCCGGUGUCGGCAAGACCGUCUUCAUUCAGGAGUUGAUCAACAACAUCGCCAAGGCCCACGGUGGUUACUCCGUCUUCACUGGUGUCGGUGAGCGUACCCGUGAGGGUAACGAUCUGUACCACGAGAUGCAGGAGACUUCCGUCAUUCAGCUUGAUGGCGAGUCCAAGGUCGCCUUGGUGUUCGGUCAGAUGAACGAGCCCCCAGGUGCCCGUGCCCGUGUUGCCCUGACUGGUCUUACCAUUGCCGAGUACUUCCGUGACGAGGAGGGACAGGAUGUGUUGCUCUUCAUUGACAACAUUUUCCGUUUCACCCAGGCCGGUUCCGAGGUGUCUGCCCUUCUGGGUCGUAUCCCCUCUGCCGUCGGUUACCAGCCCACCCUCGCCAUCGACAUGGGUGGUAUGCAGGAGCGUAUUACCACCACCAAGAAGGGUUCCAUUACUUCCGUCCAGGCCGUCUACGUCCCUGCUGACGAUUUGACUGAUCCCGCCCCCGCCACCACCUUCGCUCACUUGGACGCCACCACUGUCUUGUCCCGUGGUAUCUCCGAGUUGGGUAUCUACCCCGCUGUCGACCCUCUUGACUCCAAGUCUCGUAUGCUGGACCCCCGUAUUGUCGGCCAGGACCACUACGACACCGCCACCCGCGUCCAGCAGAUUCUCCAGGAGUACAAGUCUCUCCAGGAUAUCAUUGCCAUUCUUGGUAUGGACGAACUUUCUGAGGCUGACAAGCUCACCGUCGAGCGUGCCCGUAAGAUCCAGCGUUUCCUGUCCCAGCCCUUCACCGUCGCCCAGGUUUUCACUGGUAUCGAGGGUAAGCUGGUCGACCUGAAGGAGACCAUUUCCUCCUUCAAGGCCAUUCUCUCUGGUGAGGGUGACAACCUUCCCGAGGGUGCCUUCUACAUGGUCGGUGACUUCGCCUCGGCCAAGGAGAAGGGUGAGAAGAUUCUGGCGGAGUUGGAGAAGAACUAA